AUGACGGCAUACUACCGUGCAGCAACAGCUAUGCCUCUGCAGGACGCAUGGAGCCGCUUCAAAGGCGCACAUUAUCGAGGCGAACUGGGAUACAUCCCCGCUAACGCUCCUGAGAUCAGAAACCAGUGGCUGGAGACCGCCCGACAAAUCUGGCUCGAGUUACUACGCUCGUACGCGAGAUCGAGAGGAGAGACACACUGGCCAAUUACUGAGGGUGAGACGAUAGAGUUGGAGGAUAUAUUGGGAUGGAAUUCGGCACAGAUGUGGACAGCUCUCGAAGGGGCAUCCGCUGCACGACGACCGGUGAGAGGCGCAAUGAUGACAAUGUGCGAGAGCUGCCUGACACCCGUAAAGCGUCCUGGCACUGGGCCCCCGAACGCGCAAAGGAAAGUGGGGAAACAAGGCCAUCAAGAUAACUCAAGGACCGUGCAAGAACCCAAACGCGCCCCCAGUCAAGUCACAGAUAGUGGUGCAGAUAAAGCCGACCACAAAGUAUCGUUCAAGUUUCUGACGGCGAGCAUCAUCCCGAUCGCAAUCCUAAAACCGUUCUACACGCCUGAAGACGAGGCAUCGCCCGAUUUGCGGUCUGUACGAGACUUUGCCUUUCAUUUGGCGCAGGAGAAGAUCCGAGAGUUCUACCUAGCCGCCAUCGAUUACAGCCAGCAAUUUCAGAAUCAUCUGCGACGACUGAAGGACCCCGAGGCAGUCAAAGAGGCCAGUAAGAAAUUCAAGGAGUGGCACAACAAGCAGGCAGACAAACUUUAUGCGGAAUGGACCACCUCUGUUAACGCCAGUUUGAAGAAUCCGGGCGGCUACGAGUCAGAUGGGCCCAGAGUUAACAGCGGGUCCGAUGAAGAGAUUCCUAACAGAACAACAUCUCAAGAAGAUAGUCUGUAUACGUUCUCCGGUGCCAGACGGCAGAAGGUGGAUGGGUUGUCGAUGAUCGACAUCUUGAGACGGCAAUCCCAGGUUGCCCCGGGGCCAGACCACCCGACUCCAGCUCCAGCAGCAUUGCCACCACCCCGUCUGAGGCGACAACGACAAGGCCCAUAUUUCUACCUUCGUCAUUUUGCAGUCAAGCCUUAUGAGAUUAUCAACUCCAAUGGUGCAUUGAGGUUGUCGAACAAAGGCCGCACUAACGUGAAGGCCUUGCUCCAUCCUCCCACACCACCUCCCACACCACCACCUCUGAAUGAGGAAGGAUCUGCCCUUGUCACCGAUGUCGACCCCACUCUGGGACUUGAAUAUACACCCGUGGAGGCCCCCUCUGCCUCUCCUCGGAAGGAAAGUCGCCUGGAACCGCCAAGAACAAUGGCUCAAGAUGAAAUCCUGGAUCUCGACGAACAAGGUAGCUCGAUUUCUCCAAUCCUGAGGGAAAUUGAGUUGGCGUAUGAAAGCGCAGUGCAGGAGAGGCGCUAUCACGAGGAGCUGAACAACCUGCUCAGAACGCCGACCCCUCCGAGAAAUCUGACGCUUUCUCCUCCAGCGGUGGCGGCGCCAUCACAGUCAAAGACAGACGAAUAUGCGGAACGUCUCUCGCUCGCAGAGCAAGGAGGGGUUGAGGGGUGGCUCGGAUCUGACUUCGUUAGGCGUCCGCAGGAAGCAUACAGCUUGAACCCCUACAAUAGCGACAGUGAAUCCAGCAUUUCCUCGGAAAGCGAUCUGGAUACCUACUUCUCACCAGAGAUUCCCUCCGUUUCCAAUGAAGGAAGGAGACCCGUUAAUGGACGAGCGUCAAGGAUGGCGCACUACCCUCCUGUCGCGAUUCCUGUUCCAGCUUCACUGGCGACUCCACAGUUGCAGUCUUACAGUCCUCGUCGAGGCGCGUUGAGAGCAUCCUCCCAACAACGAACGCCAUCAAGAGGGGAGGGCGGAGGGAUAAGUGAACGAGAUCAGCAUAAGCACAUCGCUGGCGGAGGGACGGCAUUCUUGAAUACCCAUGGGGGUGUUGGCCUUCGUGUGUAUACCCGGAUUUCUUGA